AUGUACGGCUGCACACUCGGAGGUCCUGGGUUCGAGUCCCGGGUCGGGCCAAGUUUAGUUAUUGAGUCUUUCUGUAUAGUAGGUCUCAGUAACAGCCCGGAGUUGGAAGUUGGCGGUGUUUCACCCCCGUGCCUCGGAGAGCACGUAAAGCCGUCGGUCCUGCGCCUUAACUCUCACUGGUCGUGUCGAGCAGUCGUCCCACCGGAGUAUGAGAGUGAUAGGAAUAGAGAGUGCACGUUGUGUCUGCGCGUACACUUGAGCACUAUAAUAUCUCCUGCGCAGUUGGUUAAUCUCAAUGAGAUUGGCCGCUGUAGCCGGCUUUUUAUAGAAGUAGAA